UCUAUCACUAAGAAAUGAGCCAAACAAUAGCACAGAAUCUCUGAUGCCGUUCAAUGGGAGUGAUAUGCUUGGCUUCUUUGAUUUUCCACGCCAUGUCGUAGGCCUGUGGAUAGAUCAAAUCGUGAUGACCUGUUAUGACUGAUAUAGUCGGAGUUCGCCGCUAUGUGGACACAGAUAGAGGAAGAGCCGCCACACAAGCACUAGGGAUGGAUGACGAUCAUCAGAUCCUGAUACCCCGGGAGACCCCGCAAGAGGAUACUAUUUACCUCACGGGUGAUUAUCAGUCAGAGAACGGAUACCAUUUGUACCGAGAAGAGGCAUCUCUUGCGGAGGAGUCGCUGGUGGACAGUUGUGUGGACUUCGAGGACGAUGACCAGUGCGCGGCCCCAUCCCUCAGUGACCUGUACCGCUACCACGUGUUCUUCUCACACUGCCCAGCGGACGUGGAAUGGGUGAAGGACACCGUACACAAACUCCAAACACCCCCCUAUACGUACAAGACGUACUAUCUGUGUGAGAAGUUCAACAGGCGGUUGAGCAUCAGUCAGAAUCUGUUGUGUGCUGUUAUGUUGAGUGAACGGGUUGUGCUGGUGCUGUCGAAAAAAUACGUGGAAGAAACAUGGCCGGAAUUUCAAGAAAUUCUGAAAAAUCUCACUGCUACCAGUUUGCACAAACAGCGUAUGUUGAUUGUUAAAUUAGAAGACUGUGAAAUUCCCGAAAUUUUGGAUGUGUGUGGUUCUCUUGAUGCAACGGAUCCUGGAUUUUUUCAGUUGUUUACAAGGCGGUUAAAAAGUGAAAUUGACUCACUUGUUAUCGUUUCAGAUAUUUUGUCUGUUCGCUUGACCGUGUUCGUCUUUCCUCUGAUUCUGAUAUCGGGUGUAUACAUUGUCCGGUGGAAAAGAAGAAAACAUAUCAAAUUGCUUUGCAAGCGGAUGUUGAGCCGGUGUCUACACAUCAACAGUUCGCUGUACACGGAUGAUCGUCCGGUCGUGGUGACCAUCACUCAAGAGAGGGGUGCAAGAUUUAAUGUGUAUUUCUAUUAUUUCAACAUGGCUGACUGUUUUGAUGAUGUGAACCUUUUAUUGUGUAGCUGUCUAGACGAGGACGUAGACAAACUGUCUAAACUCAUCAAGGUCUACACUAAGGACUGUGAUUACCUUAGUGAGAUGUCUCUAGCUGAGAGGCUGACGGUAAUGAUGGCGGCGCCCUACGCUCUCAAAUUAUCACGUAAUCUACUUCCGGUUCCGACCCAAGAGCGCCAUAUUGAUCAACAACUGUGUAUAUGUCAGUUCACGGAGGAGUGUAUGUCGUUAUAUAUCCAUUGCCUGUCAAAGGAGAAUACCGCUGGUCUUAUCAAACUGUUUUCUCAAUAUCUCCAUGCUCUGUGCACUGUCCGGGAGCUGAGGGAAAUACAGGAAAUGGCUCCCUCAUGACAAGCUGAGCAACUCAAACCGCUGGAUCUACAGCAUCUCAUCUUCAUCAGUGUCGAAGACUGCCAUAUUUAAGUCUCGUUACUCGAUAUUCAUUAGUCGCCUUGUUAUUUCAUCUACAGACGCUUCAUUCUUACUGGUACCUAGUUAGCGUCAGCGACGUAUUCUGAUAGUCCCCACUGAAAGAGAAGGCAUUGGUCUCUGAGUCGUCCAAGGCGUACAGAGUUGCCUCCCUUUCCUGUGAUCCCGUUUCAAAGUUAAGUAUUUACAUUACAAUGCUCAUGGCUUAAAACAGCAUAAACAUCUGAAUCACUUUGACGAUAUAUUAUAUCUCCACUCUCUUUUUCUUCUCUCUCUCUCUCUCUCUCUCUCUCUCUCUCUCUCUCUCUCUCUCUCUCU